AUGACAGAUAUUGAUAAAAUAAGAAAACUUGUGGAUGAAGUUAAACAUCUUCUUUCAACAAUGUUAGCUGAACCACAAGUGAAUGAUCGAAUCAAAGAAGUACUUGACGAAAAAAUGGCCACUAUUAAAAAAUUAGCUACCGAUGUUCGACAAAAUUUAAAAAAAUUUUGGAAUGUAAUGAAUAAUUAUGAGCAAAUUCAAUUGGGCUAUCGACAAAAAUACAAAGAAAUACUACAGCGUCAGCUUGAGAUUAUUGGACGAUCAGUGACCGAUAAACAAAUGGAAGCAAUGAUUGAAUCAAGAAAUCCUGCUGUAUUUACGCAAGAUAUUAUGGUUGAAACAGAACAAGCUAAACAAUCGCUUACUGAUAUGGAAGCACGACAUAGUGAUAUUAUGAGAUUAGAAAACAAUAUCAGAGAAUUGCAUGAUAUAUUCUCUGAUAUGAUGGAACUUGUUCAAACACAAGGUGAAGUGAUUCUACGAAUUGAAGAUGCCGUCAUACAAUCUGAAAAUGCUAUCAAAACUGGAGGUACAAAAAUUGAAAAAGCUAAAAGAUUUCAAGAUGCAGCUCGAUGGAAAUGGUUUAUUAUUGUGGGUAUCGUUGCUAUUGUCAUCAUUAUCUUAGUGAUCAUUCUAGCAAUUGUUUUCGGUCGCAAAUAA